AUGGCCCCGCUGCCCUGGGCCCUGAGCGCGCGCACGGGGCCCGGCUGCCAGCGCUGGGCGCGCGCCUCCUCCCUCCGCCCGCCGCCUUUAAGUGGACCCGCCGCCUGGGCCCUGCGCACCUUCACCAGCGCCAUGGCGUGCACCCCACGGGAGCGGCGUCCGCCGCCCGCCGGCGUCACCUCCUACGACUACCUGGUGAUCGGGGGCGGCUCGGGCGGCUUGGCCAGCGCCCGCCGGGCGGCCGAGCUCGGCGCCAGGGCCGCGGUAGUGGAGAGCCACAAGCUGGGAGGCACUUGCGUGAAUGUCGGAUGCGUACCCAAAAAGGUGAUGUGGAACACGGCCAUGCACUCAGAGUUCAUGCACGAUCAUGUUGAUUACGGCUUCCAGAGCUGCGAGGGCAAGUUCAACUGGCGGGUCAUAAAGGAGAAGCGGGAUGCCUACGUGAGCCGCCUGAACACCAUCUAUCAGAACAACCUCACCAAGUCCAAUAUAGAUAUCAUCCAUGGCUACGCAGCAUUCACCAAUGACCCUGAACCCACAAUAGAGGUCAAUGGAAAAAAAUACACUGCCCGUCAUAUCCUGAUCGCCACGGGGGGUGUGCCCACGGUUCCGCACGAGAGCCAGAUCCCUGGCGCCAACCUGGGGAUCACCAGUGAUGGGUUUUUUCAGCUAGAAGAGCUGCCCAGGCGGAGCGUCAUUGUGGGAGCCGGUUACAUUGCUGUGGAGAUCGCCGGAAUCUUCUCAGCCCUGGGUUCCAAGACGUCCCUGAUGAUCCGGCAGGAUAAGGUGCUGAGGAAUUUUGAUUCUCUCAUCAGUUCCAACUGUACCGAAGAGCUGGAGAAUGCCGGCAUAGAAGUCCUCAAGUACUGCCAGGUUAAGGAAGUUAAACAGACUUCCUCGGGCUUGGAAAUCUCCACAGUCACUGCGGUUCCUGGUCGGAAACCCACCUCUGCUGUCAUUCCAGAUGUUGACUGCCUGCUCUGGGCCAUUGGGCGGGACCCAAAUUCCAGGGGCCUGAACUUAAAGAACGUGGGGAUUCAGACUGAUGACAAGGGUCACAUCAUAGUGGAUGAGUUCCAGAACACCAGCAUCAAAGGCAUCUACGCAGUCGGCGAUGUGUGUGGGAAAGCCCUUCUGACCCCAGUUGCAAUAGCUGCUGGCCGAAAACUUGCCCAUAGACUCUUCGAAUGCAAAAAGGAUUCCAAAUUGGACUAUGACAACAUCCCCACUGUGGUCUUCAGCCACCCUCCCAUUGGCACAGUGGGACUCACGGAAGACGAGGCCAUUGCUAAAUAUGGAAAAGAAAAUGUGAAGACCUAUUCUACCUCCUUCACCCCGAUGUAUCACGCCGUCACCACCAGGAAAACAAAAUGCGUGAUGAAAAUGGUUUGUGCCAACAAGGAGGAGAAGGUGGUUGGGAUCCACAUGCAAGGAAUCGGGUGUGACGAGAUGCUGCAGGGCUUCGCCGUUGCUGUCAAGAUGGGAGCCACCAAGGCUGACUUCGACAACACGGUGGCCAUCCAUCCUACCUCUGCAGAGGAGCUGGUCACUCUGCGCUGAGCAGCCAGGCCAGCACACCUGCCCAAGUGAACCAAAUCUUGCUGUUGACGGACUAUCCUGGUUUCGUGUCUGUAUUUUCUUUUUUAAAUCAGGAGCUUCUGAUAGUGGAAUUUGGGGACAUAGAUCAUAGAAUUUGUCAAUGUAAUUAGAAAUGUAUUGUUUCAUACAGGAUUGGUUUUCAUUCGAUCAUCUCACAAUAAUGAAGUUUCAAGUGUUUUGUUUUGUUUUGUUUUUAACAAAGAGCUCUGUGUUGGUUUGUUUUGUUUCAGCCUCAUCCCAGGUAUAAAAAUUAUGUGAAGU